CUCUAUUUUUAGAGAGAGAAACACUCUAUUUUUAGAGUGAGAAACCCAUACAUACAAAGUAACGCUUCCCCAUUAAAUGCCUGCCCUCCUUCUCUCUAAAAUCUCUCUUUCUCUCUCAUGGUUUCCAUUCCAUUUGCUCAUACUUCUUGUGCCAGAAGAAGCUUGCUCCAGUAACUAGGGUUUUUUUUGUGUGUCCUCCGUUAAAGAUCACUUGGAUUCCAAAACGAGGGCGAACUAUAUUCUGAUGGACACGAGUUAGCCAUUGGUAGCUUUCGCCCCCGGCAGAGAAAAUUACUCUGUUGGCAUGAAAACUGAGAGACAAAGUGGUGAUGUAGUGGCUCAUGAAGAUGAGUGGCUUAUUGAAAUAGCCUUGAAGCCUAAAAACUGAAUUGUGCAUCUGGUAUUAAGGUGGGCCAGCACAGCCUCGUGACUUUCACCACUUUGCUUUCUGGAGAAUUAAGGGUAAAUGAGUCUUAGAUAUCCUUGUUGAGUUGCUUUUCUUCAGUUGGCGAUAGAAUGAGUGGGGCUACUACACGUGGCAAGAACAAAAAGCAAAAGCUCCACAGCGAGGACACUGGCUCCGAGAUUUUGAGGAAAAUAAAUUCAACUGGAGAGGUCACGCAAGAUGACAUUCGUGUAUUGUAUCAGAUUGAGAAACCCAUAUGUCAAGGUUGCCGUGUGAAUACUAAGGACUCCCCAAACUGCUUUUGUGGUCUCAUCCCACCCCCAAGUGGAUCUAGAAAGACUGGUUUAUGGCAAAGGUUGUCGGACCAUAUUCUAGCCCUUGGCCCUGAUCCUUGUAAGGAUUUUCGUGAUUCUAAAGUACCUGCAGGCUUGACAAACUUGGGUGCCACGUGCUAUGCGAAUAGUAUAUUACAGUGCCUUUAUAUGAAUACAGCAUUCAGGGCUGGUAUUUUCUCAGUUGAACUCGAUCUUUUGAAGCAGCAUCCUGUGUUGUAUGAACUUUCAAGGCUAUUUGCACAGUUGCAUUCCAGCAAGAGGGCAGCUGUUGACUCAGCUGCAUUUAUAAAGACUUUGGAGCUUGACAAUGGUGUACAGCAAGACAGCCAUGAGUUCUUUACCUUGUUACUUUCCUUACUAGAGAGCUGUCUUGGCCAUUCAAAGGUUCCCAAGGCAAGAACAGUUGUUCAAGAUUUGUUUCGUGGAAGCAUAUCUCAUGUUACACGGUGUUCUUUGUGUGGGAAAGACUCGGAAUCGUCUUCAAAGAUGGAAGAUUUUCUAGGACUUGAAUUGAACAUCAAAGGAUUGAAUAAUUUGGAUAAGAGCUUGGAUGAUUACUUCAGCAUGGAGGAACUACAUGGGGAAAAUCAGUACUUCUGUGAGUCGUGCCAAUCACGGGUUGAUGCUACCCGUUGCAUCAAACUUCGCACUCUGCCUUCUGUCCUUAAUUUUCAGCUGAAGCGUUAUAUUUUUCUGCCCAAGACGACAACGAGGAAAAAAAUUACAUCAAAGUUUGCUUUCCCAAAAUAUUUGAACAUGGCAAACCGACUCAGUGAUACUUCUCAAUCAGGGAAUCUAAUGUAUGAUCUUUCUGCUAUACUGAUGCACAAAGGAACUGCGGUUAAUAGUGGCCAUUAUGUUGCUCACAUUAAGGAAGAAGGUAGUGGUAUUUGGUGGGAGUUUGAUGAUGAGCAUGUCUCGAAGUUGGGGCUACAUCCUUUUGGUGAAGAAUCCAGUAAUUCAUCUGAUGUGCCUGAGGAAGUUGUGCAACCUGAUUUUUCUGAUGAGAAUAUUAUACAAUUGCCACUUUUAGAUGAUGUUUAUUCAUCUGCUGAUUCAUACAUGCUGAUGUAUAGUAGAAGAAAUAAUAGAAAUGAUGGAGAUACACCCCCGGCUGGUGCAGAUGUAGAGUGUAAGGAUUUUGAUGGAACUGCCAUGUCCCAGGUGGAUGGUAGUUCCCUACCUUGUCAUCUUUCUGGGGAGAUGGAAGAACUAAAUAAACAGUUUGAAUAUACUUGUAAAGAAUAUAGGAUAAAACAGGAAAAUGAGAUGCGGAAAAUUAAGGAACGUAAAAAUGAAGUGAGAUCAAUUCUUACUGAGGCUCCUGUUCCUUCAAUUGACAAUUCAUACUGCUGGAUAUCUGUAGAUUGGCUUCGUCACUGGGCUGAUGAUAUCAACCCUCUUUGCAUAGACAAUUCAUCGAUUCUGUGCUCACAUGGAAAGCUACCUAUUUCAAAGAUUAGCUGUGCAAAGAGGAUCUCAGAAGCAGCUUGGACCAAGUUGCUCUCAAAGUAUGGAGGGGGCCUGACAUUAAGUGGCAGUGAUUACUGUGUCGAUUGCAUGAGAGAUUUCGCGAAGAGUGUUGUUUCCGCUGAUAACUAUAGGGAUCGGAGGGCAACCAUGAAAGAACUUGCAGAAUCUGUUCUUGCUGGGAAAUAUUUUGAGGGUCCUUUGUAUUAUGUAUCUCGAUCAUGGUUGCUGCAAUGGAUACGUAGAAAAAAUGUUGAUUCUCCAUGUGAUGGUGAUAGUGGACCAACGGCUGCACUUCGAUGUUCUCAUGGAGGACUCAUGCCAGAAAAAGCUGGAACAAAGCGGCAGUUAAUCCCUGCGAGUCUUUGGUUUUUUUUUCUGGAAAAUGCCAAAGAGGUGGAACCUGAGGAUUCUCUGCGUCACACUGCCUUUCAUUCUAAUACAGAAGAUUGUACAACAUGCAGUAUGGAACUGACGGAAGUUGCCUGCUUGGAGGACCAUCUCAAAGCAGUCAAAUUGGAGCAGCGACAGAAACAUGAGCAGUUAUAUCUUGGGAAAAGCAUACCAAUAUUUCCAUAUCAGAGAUAUUACUUAUUGCCUUCCUCAUGGUUGAGUAGAUGGCGUGGCUAUGUUUCUGCAAGUGGGAAGAACCUUAUUGCUGCUGCUGAGCCUGGUAGUUUAGAGGGCGGUAUUGACAUGCUUAAAUGUGAGAAGCAUUCACGAUUGCUGCAGAGACCUGUUGAACUUGUGCAGAAGCGGGGUGAUUUUGUUCAGAAAGUGUCAAAUGCAGAGGGUUUGACAAUGAUCUCAGAGAGUGAUUGGAAGUUGUUUUGUGAAGAUUGGGAAGUUCCCGAGGAGAAAGGUAUUUAUGCUGAGGUUGAUUUCACCAAUUGCACGUCAAAUGAGUCUGUUGGGUUUUGCUCUGAGAUGCCAAUUUCUGAAGCCGAUAUGGAUAUUCCAAAAUCAUUCGAGCCCAAAAAACCUGUUGUUAAGACUUAUCCAGAGAUAUGCGAGGAGUGCAUUGGAGAAAAAGAAUGCUGUGACUUGAUGCAGAAACUCAAUUACCAAAAUGAAGAUAUCCGUGUUCAUCUUGUUCAUGGAAAGGAGCCCCCAAUGUCUCUUCUAGUUGCUUCUGGAGGCAAUUCUGAACCAGAUCGUCGUUGUUCCAAGCGCUCUCGAAGGACCUCAGCUGGUGAAUCAGUCAAUUUAAAGGUGUCUGGUUCUACUUCAGUCUACCAGUUGAAGAUGAUGAUAUGGGAAUCCUUAGGGGUUGUAAAAGAGAACCAGAGUCUUCACAAGGGUACGAUGGAAAUUAGUGAUGAAUCUCUCACUCUGGCUGACUUGAAUAUAUUACCUGGGGAUGCCCUUUGGGUCACUGACACCCAAGUGCAUGACGAUCGGGAUAUCGCUGAAGAGCUAUCACAAGAGAAGUUGGAGCCGCAACCCAUGGAGGAAGGCUUCAAGGGAACACUUUUGACAUCUAGCAGUUUGCCUCGAGACUCUUAGAAGCUUUCACCCCCUUCCUUGUUACACAAUGUGGCAUCCCUUCUUUUGUCUAAGGUGGGGCACUUCCACUGUAACAUGGUAUUGUGGGCUUUGUAGACAUAAACAGUUCCUGGCAUCCUCAGCUGCCAUUUUUUUGCUGGUCUGAUUAUAUGGACUCGAAACUCGGUUUUGUUUUCGAGAGAUGAAAACCCCAUUUUUUCCGCACAAAGAGCAGCAACAUCUGAAGUGUCAGCAUAGGGUCCCUGAAUUAUAAUGGGCUUUUUGUGGGUUUUUGAGAGCAGUGAUGUUGGGGUAAUUUUUGGCGAAUUUGGUCGGUAUAUAUUGAAUAUUUAGUGUGGUUUGUGGAGUAUAUUCACUGAAUUUGGGGAGGUAAUGUGAUUCUUCAUUUUACAAUUA